UCUAUUUCUCCCUCAUUUGAAGUUAAAAUCUCUAAGAAAGUAAUCCAUGGCGAAGGUUGCGAGUAGUGGGAGCAGUUCCAGAUGGUCUCUUUCAGGGUUUACCGCCCUCGUAACCGGCGGCACUCGUGGAAUUGGGCAUGCGGUUGUGGAGGAACUAGCGGAACUGGGUGCGACAGUGUAUACUUGUUCACGGAAUCAAGCAGAACUCAACGAACGCUUGCAAGAGUGGGCAGAAAAAGGCCUUCAAGUCAAGGGUUCUGUUUGCGAUGCUUCUUCAAGGGAGCAGAGAGUUCAGCUCAUGGAAAAUGUCUCCUCUGCUUUCGAUGGAAAGCUGAACAUUCUUGUAAACAAUGUGGGGACAAACAUUAGGAAGCCCACCACCCAUUAUACUGCUGAAGAAUAUGCCCGUCUGCUUAGUACCAACUUAGAAUCUGCAUACCAUCUGUGUCAACUUGCUCACCCUCUUUUGAAAGCAUCUGGAAAUGGAUCUGUUGUCUUUAUCUCUUCUGUUGCUGGUCUGGUGCACCUGUCCUCUGGUUCAGUAUAUGGAGCAACAAAAGGGGCAUUGAAUCAGCUCACGCGAAAUCUGGCUUGUGAAUGGGCAAAAGAUAGCAUUCGGGUUAAUGGUGUUGCCCCGUGGUAUAUAAGGACGUCUUUGGUAGAACAUUUGCUCGAAAAUAAAACAUUUUUGGAUGGAGUAAUAUCUAGAACUCCCCUUAGACGCCCUGGAGAAUCUCAAGAAGUUUCAUCCCUGGUAGCUUAUCUUUGUCUACCUGGAGCAUCGUACAUCACCGGGCAAGUUAUAGCAGUUGAUGGAGGUUUCACAGUCAAUGGGUUCGAAAUGACAAGCUACUGAUAUGUGUUUUCGUCUAGAGAUGAUAGUGCAGCUUAUGCCUUGCGUCUGCAGAUACUCAUGCUCUUUGUUUCUUACUGAUCAAGCUGAAACCAUCAUGAAAUAAAAGCUCUAUUUCAUAUCUUCCUUGAUCCUUAUACAUGGGAUCAUAAUAAGGCAUUUGCUCAUUAAUUUUCCCUGCAUGCCCCUUCUUAUAUGAGUAUAAACUCUAGUUUUUUUAUCUUUUUCUUAUAUUUAUCUAAGAACAGCAUAUGAUUGUGUUGCAGGUUGCGUAUCAUGCUAUGUUAUUUCUGAGCUUUGCACGUUCCUUAAGGUUCCUUUGUUGUAGUGCAAUUCUGUAUUUCAUCCUUGUUGAGAAGGUAGUGCAAUUCUGUAUUUCAUUUAAACUGUAGGAUGGGAAACUUUUUGAUUAUUUGCACAUGUUUGUAUAGGAUUAUGCAAAGGCAGAAUACCUUGAAACCUCUCUAAACUUGGCACGAAUUAUUAGUUAUAGUCGUAAACUAUUUGUGGUCUUAA